AUGCUAGAAAUCACUUGCAAAGGCUCGCCCUACGAAGUCAGUCCUCCAUCUCCAAUCUUCUUAUCAUCCAAACACAAACAAACUAACCCUUCGACAGNNAUAGGCCACCAACACGGCACCCUCGCCCGCCAGCAGAUCCAAGGCAGCAUAACCUUCUACACCCACCUCUUCCUCUCCACCACAAACCUUUCUUGGGCAGAAGUACAAACCACCGCCCUCGACUUCCUCCCAGUAAUCCAGCAAACAUGGCCAGACUACCUAGAAGAAAUGCAAGGAAUAGCAGACGGAGCAGGAAACUCGCUCGCCGAGAUAAUCGCACUAAACGUACGCACAGAGAUCAAUUUCGGACUGUUCAGUGAUGGCUGUACUGCAUUAUCCUGGCUUCAUGAUACCUCAAGUAUUCUGGCGCAGAAUUGGGAUUGGAUGACAGAACAAAAACAAAACCUGCUACUCCUUACUAUCCAACAGCAAAACAAACCCACCAUAAAAAUGGUCACGGAAGCAGGUCUGAUUGGUAAAAUCGGCUUCAACUCUGCGGGCGUGGGUGUCUGUCUGAAUGCCAUCAAAGCAAAAGGAAUGGACAAGACACGCAUGCCAUGUCAUCUAGGUCUUCGGCUGGUGUUGGAGAGCAAUUCCUGCAAAGAAGCCGUUGAAGUCCUCAAGAAACAUGGUAUAGCAUCUUCAUGCCAUAUGCUAAUUGCAGAUUCAAACGAUAGCGUGGGACUAGAGUGGAGUUACAAGGACCUGCAGGUUUUGGAGAUGAAUGAUAAGAGUCAGAUCUUUCAUUCAAACCACUAUCUUGUGCCACAUCCGGGUGUCACGGAUACGGUUUGGUUGGAAGACAGCAAGUUCAGGAUCAAGCGCAUCCAGGAGAUUUGUGAUGAGUUGGGUCAACCACCGACGAUGAGAGAGAUUCAGGCGCUGUUCAAAGACGAAAAGAAUUAUCCGUAUGCCAUUUGUCGGGCAGAGGAGGAAGGAAACCACUCCGGCACUCUGUUCAACAUUGUCAUGGACUUGAAGGCGAAAAAGGCUUCGGUGAUAUUAGGAAGACCGACAACACCAGAAGGAGUUUUUGAAAUAGGCUUC